UUUGUAUCUCAUUAUUGAGAUUGUCUCAUAAUUCUUUUAUGAUCACUCUAUUUAAUACUGAUAGCUCUGAUUCAUCUCCCAUCUCCACUAUUCCAAACGAAACAACAACAAUGGAAAUGGAAUCUCUCAGAUUUGCUUCCCACGUCAGCACUCCGGUAACUCGGAGGCUCAGCCGCGGACCCGGUCCAAACCGGGUCGGGCUCAGAAUAUCCGCGCAGGCUGCGGAGCCCGAUCUCAGUGUAACUGUAAACGGGUUGAAAAUGCCGAACCCCUUCGUCAUCGGGUCGGGCCCUCCCGGCACCAACUACACUGUCAUGAAGCGCGCCUUCAAUGAAGGCUGGGGCGCUGUCAUCGCCAAAACGGUGUCACUGGAUGCUUCAAAAGUUGUGAAUGUGACCCCUCGAUAUGCUAGAUUACGGGCCGGAGAAAAUGGAUCGCCUAAAGGGCAGAUCAUAGGAUGGCAAAACAUCGAGCUCAUAAGCGACCGGCCUCUGGAAACUAUGCUGAAAGAGUUUAAGCAGUUGAAGGAGGAGUUUCCGGACAGGAUACUUAUUGCUUCAAUCAUGGAGGAGUACAACAAGGCUGCGUGGGAGGAGCUCAUCGACCGGGUCGAGCAAACUGGAAUUGAUGCUUUCGAAAUCAAUUUUUCGUGCCCUCAUGGGAUGCCAGAGCGUAGAAUGGGCGCUGCUGUUGGCCAAGACUGUGCACUUUUGGAAGAAGUUUGUGGAUGGAUCAAUGCCAAAGCAACUGUUCCCGUUUGGGCAAAGAUGACUCCGAACAUCACAGACAUCACACAGCCAGCCAGAGUAUCUCUGGAAGCUGGAUGCGAAGGGGUUGCUGCGAUCAACACAAUCAUGAGUGUCAUGGGGAUUAAUCUCGACACCUUGCGCCCAGAGCCUUGUGUAGAGGGAUAUUCAACUCCUGGGGGCUAUUCAGCAAAGGCAGUCCAUCCUAUUGCACUUGCAAAAGUGAUGAGCAUUGCACAGAUGAUGAAGAAGGAAUAUGCUGGUAAAGAUCUCUCGCUUUCUGGUAUCGGAGGAGUUGAGAAGGGGAAUGACGCGGCUGAGUUCAUACUUCUUGGAGCCAAUACAGUUCAGGUAUGCACGGGCGUGAUGAUGCAUGGAUAUGGUCUCGUGAAGACGCUUUGCUCUGAGCUGCAGGAGUUCAUGAAGAAGCAUAACUUUUCAUCUAUAGAAGAUUUCAGGGGGGCUUCGCUCGACUACUUCACGACCCACAUGGAUUUGGUGGCAAGGCAACAAGAGGCAAUUCGCGAAAGGAAGGCCACCAAGAAAGGGCUGCAGUCGGAUAGAGACUGGACGGGCGAUGGCUUUGUCAAAGAGUCGGAGAGUAUGGUAUCAAACUGAUGAGUCCUGAUAAAAUGUGAAUCUUUUUAAUUGUAUGCCUGUGUCUGUAGCAACACAAAAUUCAAUAAUGGAAAGGCUCCAGUUGUUCUUUUAAA